AUGCUGGCUGUUCUCUGGCAAGGGAUCCCUUACCAGAUGGCCGUCGAGCAAGUCCCCAGGCCUCAGGUCCAGCAGGCGAACGACGCUCUCGUUCGUGUAACGACGGCUGCCAUUUGCGGAACGGACCUCCAUACAUACCAUGGUGUGUAUGGCAGUCCGAACGCGCCCUGGGUUAUGGGGCAUGAGGCCGUUGGCGUCAUCACGGAACUUGGCGACGGUGUAACUGCGCACUCCGUUGGCGAAUCCAUGGGGCCACUGGACGUGUCUGCAUAUGGUUUGGGCAGCUCAUAUGGAGAGUUUGGCGGGACGCAAGCUGAAUACGUCCGCGUACCCUUCGCUGAUGAAAGCCUCAUUCCCAUCCCCGCAAACGUAUCGGCUAACGGCACCCUUCCCAACGAGAACGACUAUCUCUUCGUCUCCGACAUCUUUGCUACGGCAUGGCAAGGAGUCACCUGGUCCGGGAUGGAAGCCGGCGAUACCGUGGCAAUUUUUGGGGCCGGUCCUGUAGGCUUGCUCGCCGCAUACUCUGCCAUUCUGCGCGGUGCUUCGCGCGUUUACAGCGUCGACCACGAAGCGUCCCGCCUGCAGCUUGCAGCCUCCAUCGGCGCGACUCCUGUCAACUUCGUCGAGAGUGAUCCAGUCGAAGCCAUCAUGGCUGCUGAACCCAACGGCGUCACUAGGACGAUUGACUGCGUUGGGUUCGAGGCCGUGGAUCGCCAGUUGCAGCAUUCGGAGACCACAGUCCUCGACAACAUGAUCGCGGUCACAGCUCGGCAAGGGGGCAUCAGCACGCUCGGCGUCUUCGAUUCGCCCACAAACAGCAGCGGUACUCCUCGCGGCGGUACAAUCAAUGCGACACUACCUUUUCCGAUCGCCGACUUCUUCAAUAAGGGCCUGUCGUGGAGGACUGGGGGCGUGGAUCCAAAGGCGAUUGCACCCGAGCUGGUGAGCUUAAUCGCGACUGGCAGGGCGCGGCCAAACUUCAUUGUUAGUAGUGAGAUCGGGAUUGAGGAGGCGCCGGAGUAUUAUGGGAGGUUUGACCGCCAUGAGGAGACGAAGGUCGUGAUCAAGUUUCCGUAAUUUUUGUUCAGUGAUUCUGGCUCUGGGGAUUUCGCGUCUGAUCGCAGACACCCGGAAGGAACCCCACGGCCGUAGAAGUGUUGAGUCGGCCGAUAUUUUGUCUGCAUGGCUCCAGUCUUUGCGGCACAGCCUUAAUUGCUGAUAGGCAAUUGCGGCGAGCGAAAUGCUUGACAGGAAAUAGAAAAUCCACUCAAAUGAAUACAACCCACUCU